AUAAAUACGUACAUACAUAUACAUAUGUAUGUGCAUGUAGGGAAAAGAUAAAACUAUUUUAAAUCGGUUAAUCUAACUGAGUAUACUGGACCAGUCAGCCAUUUGGCUGCUGUCAAUUUUUUCUUCACAUACACAAAAAAUUCAUAGAUAUGUAUCUACAAUGUGAAAGAUAACACCUAAAUUAAGUAUUAUAUACACGUAUGUACAUACGUACGAAUUCUGUGCUACUAACUGUAAAAUUCAUUCAAUUUAUUCGCGGUUAAUGAAGUGUAAGAACGGUUCCUUUAAUGAUCAUAUGUAUAUAUGUAUAUAUUGUGUCUCAAUAAAUAUACAUAGUAAAUGUGUACAUACAUUUGAGUGCGUAUGUUUAAAAAGAACUGCAGCACAAGAGCGAUUAUAUAAAAUCCACCUGUUUGAAUGUACAUACAUAUGUAUGUAUGUAUGUAGUUAUUAUACAUAAAUGCAUGUGCGUAUGUAUGUAAGGACUGGUUGUAGCGUAGGUAUGAAUAUGAUUUACCGCAAUUACUUUACUGUAUUUGAAAAUCAGUGAUCACAAGUGGUGGCUGCAGAUAUGUGUAUAAAAAAUUAUGGUGAGAUUUAUGUUAGCGCUUGUGGUCUAAUCAGGAUCUCUUCUGAGUGUUAAUAUAGUAGGUAUGGAAUGUCAAACCAACAUCAUGGCAGCUUUUUUGGAAACUUUGAACCGGCAGCAUAAUCUUUAUAAAACUCAGUCGCCGUGGCAAUAUGCAUACAUUUUUAAAUUGAACCUGGAAUAACUGUUUAUACAUACUUUAUUUCUUAACUAUUUACAAAGAUGUCGAAAAGUUGUGAAAUACUUUAAAACAAAAGCACUUUGCAAUAAGGAAUAAUAAAGAUCAUAGUAAAGAAUUUGAAAAACUCUUAGAACAUAAAACGAAAACUGUGUCAAACUCAAUUGAAUUUGUAUCUGUUUAUUUAUUGCAUUUAUUAACAUCUUCAGAAAUUAUUCAUUUCCACAGCUUCAAGUUUUAUUAUUCAAUAUGCCAGAAAUACUCACCACUAUUCCACCUCUAACUUUGGCCAUUGAAAAUUUAAGCGAAACGGACGGAGUCUCUACUGAUCGAUCCUCUACUAGUGGAAUUCCAAGCCCUGGUGGGGAGCCUCGAAGCCCUCUUCAGAAUUCAACUAGGUGUGAAAAAAAUCCGAUGCAUACAUGUAAGAUUAAAAAGCCGCGCAAAUCUAUUGGACGACGAAAUCAAAAAAAAGUGGCUUUAAAAGUUGGUGUGCAGCAAAAGAACACCACUACGCUCUGUUUGAAAUCUCAAAUUCCUCGUGUCCCGUUACGAAAGCCGUCCCCAUCGUCCACUUUAUCAAAACCAAACGUCUUCUGCACCUUAUCUCCAAGGUUAAAAGUUCAGGUAGACAAUCCUGAAUACAAGCUCAGAAAACAAACUACAAUAUCUGAAACUGAAGUUCAGCCUUUGACCACUCCGAAUUUGGUGCAACUGCAGCAGUGUAGAAAUCAUAUUUCCCGAAAUCUCGAACUUGCCACGAGGACAUCAAACUCAUCUACAACUCAACUCUACUUGCGAGGUCAAAAUACAGCAGCUAUUUUGAAUUUUCGUAUCCGUAAGUCGAUUACGCAAAUGGAUUUGAAGCGAACUCGUCGGGACAAUGCAAACAAUUACUCGUUAUUAGCUUCCCCACAAUCGCAAUCGCUGGGUGGACUUUCAACAAAUCCCAGUGCUUUAAUGCCGAAUAGAACCUCUGAUAUAGCAGGUCUCAUGGGCGUAUCCAGCCAAACUUCAUUGGUAAACAAAAUGUUCGAUCAGAACAAUUAUUAUUAUGUAAUUCAGGAUCGCGAUCCAAAGGUAGCCGGAAUGCGUAUUUUUGCAACAAUCAUGUUAAACGCCUGGCGAAAGCGUCGAGACGAAGUAAAACGGCUUAUGGAGGAGGUAAACAACCUAAAACGUGGUUCAAUUAAAGCGAAGAACCAGCUCCAUGUGUUCAAUACCCUCUUUCGUGUUGAACAGAAACGCAAUGAUGAGCUUAGUGUUCAGUUGAAACGAUCCUUAGAAGAUAUAAACAACACCAAAUCUUCUUGCGAGAGUCUUACGACUUCACUGAUUAGUUUAAAGGCGGACAAAGCGCUACUCGAACAACAAAUCCAAAUCAAAGAACAAGAAUUCGACGGUCUCAAUGCAAUACUUUCUCAGACAAAGUCUGACCUAUUUAAAGCAAUGGCUCAACAGAGGGAGUUACAGGCGAAUUUGUCCAGUGAGCAACGUAAAGUGCAAGCCCUAGAAGCACAGAAGAAAGAAUUAAUUAAUGAAAUUUGUGAAGUAAAUAAUGAAUCCUUGCAAAAGGAAGAAAAGUUACAGAAUGAAAUUAAGGAGAAGAACGAUGCUUUAACCACUGCGCUCACUAAGCUGGAGUCGUUUGAAUGGGAAAUAAAUGAAUUGAAACAGAAAACACUGAUUUUGGACAAUUGCUUGGAAGUGGAGUCACAUUUGCGCAAAGAAGUCGCAAAUCUAUCCCGCGAAGUAGAAACUCUGCAACAAUGUUUGGCUGCUACAUUGGGGAACCGUAUACGUAGUUGCUGGAACAAUUCGAUUGCAUAUCAACGUGCCACUCUGCAUCUGGUGCAUUGGAUUGCUUAUUGUACACUACCCGCGACACCACCACCGAAGAUUAAAACAUUUCCGUUUGGCCUCACACUCGAAAAGGCACUAAAUAUUGUUAAACGUUAGCAAUGAUUAGAUAGCAGUUUCCUUUUACUUUUAAUUGAUAUUCUUUAAUUUAUUUUAUUAUUUUAUAUAUUUUGUUUUAAAUUGACAAAAAGAUG